AUGGCGUCGGACGCCCCCGCCCCGACAUCAAAUGGGGACCCCUCGAACCCUGAACUGGACAUCAAGAAGCUCCAUACCCUCCCUUCCGAACAGCAGGAUUUAUAUUUGCUUACCUUCACUUCGGACCUCGCACGUCAUGUCGCCUCACUGGAUGGAGACGGCGCAUCGGCGCAUCAGAUAUACAUCAAGAAGGAGAUAUUCCAGAUCAUCAACCUGGGCUCCCCCGCGCCCACACGAGUCAUUCGAAACAACUUGGGACGAGCUGUCGCUGGAAUAUUUGAAAAGGGCGACCGCAAGCUACUUUUCGAGUCUAUAAACGAGUCCAUCAGCAUUAUCAAUGCGGCAGGCAAAGGUGAGAAGGAUGUCAGAGCGAAACACGCGGCAACACACUGUUUAGGUGCCAUAUUCGAGGCUGCAGGAGAUAGCGCAAUCGGGCUCUCACCGCUGGCAGUGAAGUCUCUCCUGGGACUUGUCAAGUUUGCGCAGAAUCAUACUGGACUCCGAUCAGCGGUCUUCAAGGCAGUGGGCAAGGUCUUUAAAGGUGUGGGCAAAUCAGCAGACGAGCUGGUCGCGAGGGAUGCCUGGAAACAAGCGCGAAACGCUUGCAGUGACAAGUCGUACCUGGUUCAGUGCGCCGCUUGCUAUUGUUUGGAGCAAUUGAUAAGAUAUACGGCUUUCUUCGACAACACUAACGACUUCGACAAAUUACAGAAUAUCGCAUGGAAGACGAUCGAUAGCGCUUCCGCCUCUGUCAGACAUGCGGUGGCCUCUUGCAUCAGCGCCGCAUUCGUCAAGAACUAUUCUGAAAAUGUACCCGUCGACUUGCCCGUUCUUACCCGAUCUAAAACUGCGAAAAAGAAGAGCAAAAAGCUAAAUGACGGUGAUGAGGACGAGGUUACCAUGGAGCGUCCCGACUCCCCUGCACCCAAGAAGUCAGCCGCGCAGCUUUCCUUUACAGUGGCCAGCAUCCUCAGUUUGCUUGCCAUGCAAUAUUGUCGACCUUCAACAGGCAACCGUGCAAGAGCAGGAUUAGCAAUCUGCUACAUGAAGACUCUCCGACUUCUAGGAGAGUCUGUUGUCGAGUCCAAGUAUUCAGAAGUCGCGCGAAGCCUGUUCACGGAACUACUGAGCAAUCAGACGAUUUCGCAAAAUCGUUACCGGACAUUGGCCACCCGGAAGUACGUCGCAGUCAUACUGGAAACAGUUAUUGGUCGUGAAAUGUUGAGUGAAUCAGGACAGCUCAAUGCUGUCAGGUACUUGGUCAACGAGAUAUUGAAAGACUACCCACAAGCGCUUAAGGAGCGACCGGAGCCAUCGAAGCAAACGCUCAUUGCUGCUCUAAGCACGCUUGCAUCGCUUUUCGAUAGCCUAGGAACCGCAGCCAAUGUUAUCGCGGAUUCGUGUCGAGACGCAUUACUACAAGUCUUGCAGCACCCAAGUUACUCAGUGCAGGUCACGGCCUCAGCCUGUCUUCGAUCGUUUGUCCUCGCAUGCCCAUCGCAACUUCUGCCCUCGGUGACGAUCUGCAUGAACAGUGUGAAUCGAGAGUUGAGUCUGCUUUCCACUCCAAAGAAGUCACCAAGAAAGUGCGUGGGUUUGGCAAACGGACUAUCGGCUGUGCUAAGCACAUCAACAUCACAGCCUCUGCAUGGGUCUGUGGAUGUGAAUUCACGAGUGUUGUCGCAGGCGACAUCACUACUCAAGUCGGCCAGUAACUCUGAUCUGAGAAUAUCAUCGACUCAGAUACAGGUCGCAUGGAUCCUCAUUGGAGGAUUGAUGACUCUAGGCCCCAACUUUGUCAAGAUACAUCUCUCGCAAUUGCUUUUACUAUGGAAGAAUGCCAUGCCUAAGCCACUGAACCGAGACAAUAUGGUACAACGGAAUUUGUUGGAGCUCAGCUACCUUGCACACGUGCGAGAAUGCGCUCUUGGCUCUAUUCUGACCUUCUUGGAGUUCAACAGUCGACUAUUAACACUUGACGUGACGAAGCGGUUGGCUGCUAUGCUACAAAACACCACCAUGUUUUUAAAUACACUACCAGCGAAGAAGACUACGGACGAGAUCUCCCAGAGACUUUCGCCUGCACUACAAUUACACGACUUUGACCUCAUGGUGAGGCGAAGAGUUCUUCAAUGUUACACCAAACUGGUCGAGUUGAGCCCAGCAAGCAGUUAUGAAGUGUUGCUACAGACCAAUUUACUGCCUUUUGCGAUUGCUUCAUUCGCUGAGCCAGAUAGCUAUACAUCAAGUUCUUUUAGCACAGCAAUUGCUAGUGCAGCGGGAACGAUUGAAAGCAUUUGGGAGGUGGCAGACAAUCAUGGAUUCGGUGUCACAGGUUUGGUAAGAGGGUUCGAUAUAAAGCCCUUACCUGGAGAGCAUGAGACAGGUGUCCGGUACCACUGGUCUACCAGACAUGGCGCUGAAGCUAUUGUUGACCAUACUCUGCUCUCGCCAAUAUGUGGCGCUCGUGAGCACGAUUCUAUCUCUCUAUACAUUAAUCCAACCAACGGCAGCCAUGAUCUUCCUGAUCCGCCGGCCACGGAAGUUGUCAACGCCGCUCUUCAACUCUUUGCAAUAUGCCUACCAAUGCAGACCCCAAGAAUCCAGGAGAGCAUCCUCGAGCAGAUGACAUCUUUCCUCUCAGCAGCAAGUCUGCAGCGGGACAUCAACAGGAAAUCAGCUAUCAUGGUCAACAUUGCGUACGCGAUCUUAUCGGCACUAAAGGUGGCUGUGAAGGAGACGCGCUCUCCUGCCGGCAGUCUCAAGGGACCUGCGGUUGAAAAGGUUAUACAGGAUUUGCUUCACCUGUUUGUCGUCUUACCUGAUCCGUACAUCCGCAAUGUUGCUGGUGAAGCUCUAGGCCGAUUAUGCAAUAGCUCUGGAAAUGCCCUUACGACUACAGAAGUCAAUUAUUUGGUGGAUCAGAUUGUGGCAAACCGUGAGCCAAGUGCACGCUCAGGAUACGCUGUUGCACUUGGUUGCAUUCACUCUCAGCUUGGUGGCAUGGCCGCGGGUUUCCAUCUGAACAAUAUCCUUGGAAUUCUCAUGUCUCUCGGCAAUGAUCCUCACCCAGUUGUACAUUUCUGGGCUAUCGAUGCGCUGUCACGUGUAGCCGACUCUGCUGGUCUGUCAUUCUCAAGUUACGUUACUAGCACGCUUGGUAUGCUCGCACAGCUGUACGCCGCCGACUCCCACAACGAAGAGUCGGCUUCAUUGGCAUCCUCAAACAUCGAGAUCGACCUGCCUACUCCUGCAGUCAUUGCACGUUGUGUCGAUAGUACCAUCAAUGUUCUCGGUCCAGAUUUGCAAGAUUCUGCCAAGGCACGAGAUCUUAUCAUGACUCUUAUCGGACUUUGCCAGGGUGAGGCCGAUGAACUUGUAGUCAUUGAGAGUCUACGUUGUCAAGAACAUGUCUCGCUGUACGCAACUGGUCACAUGGAUUUCUCGGCCUAUGUCAAGCAUCUGCAGCGCUUAAUAGAAAGCAGCUCUAAACAGAUUCGAGACAUGGCUAUUGACGGUCUACACAACUUGAUGAGGCGUGACACAGAAGAAGUUAUACGUGCAGGAGACCCCGGCCUCGAAGAUCAAUUGUGGCAUGUUCUCGAUCGUGAUUCUGGACAUGAGGUCGUGCAGAACAUUCUCCGCAACUGGUUGCAUCAGACUGGUCUUUCAGACACUGCAACUUGGGUACAACGCUGCCACUCCGUACUCACCAAAACGAAAAAGGUCGAUACGCAAGAGAGGAUUGAGUCGAAACCUAAAGCUGGUGCAACAGAUCUCCAAGAUGAGGAAGUUGCUGGGUUUGCAGCAGCCGCGAAUGCACCUGGAGCUGAGUCCGGUGAUGCUACUCAGACCAGUCAAGAAUUGCUCAAGUGGCAAGUUCGAACCUUUGGCAUGGACUGCUUGAGCGAGUUAGUUUCGAUGGUUAGCAAGGAAGCAGCAUUCCGUGAAGAGGCCCCUUGUGUAGUGGCCUUGCAGCAAAGAGUUGCAGAUGUCGUACGCAUUGCAUUCUCUGCCUCUACCGCUGGUGUUGUACAACUUCGCAUUCGGGGUCUUAAAAUUAUUGAUCAAGUACUCAAGCUCUUUGGCAAAACACCGGAUCCUGACUUUGCCGAAGUGACCCUAUUGGAACAAUAUCAAGCACAGAUCGGCUCUGCUCUUACUCCAGCAUUCGCGGCAGACUCGUCGCCAGAACUUGCGUCCGAGGCGGUCAAUGUCUGUGCUACGUUCAUUGCGACAGGAAUCGUUACUGACGUUGAUCGCAUGGGUCGUAUCCUCAAGUUGCUAGUCUCAGCGCUUGAAAACUUCUCAAGUGACUCGGAAGCAGCAGCGAUUGGUGAUCUUAAAGGACUUAGCUCGAAUGCGCAAGUUAUGGUCAAGAUGGCUGUAUUUUCAGCAUGGGCUGAACUGCAGAUUGCUAGUGCUGAACAAACUUACUUGGUAGAUGUGCUGCGACCACACAUUGCCAAGUUGACACCCCUAUGGCUGGCAUCUCUGCGAGAGUACGCCAGACUACGUUUCGAGCCUGAUAUUUCAUCCUCUAUGGGAUCAGUGUCACUAUCUGGUAACCUCGACACCAUAUAUGCUGCAUUGAACCGCGAAACGCUACUCAAAUUUUACCAAGAAUCGUGGCUCAAUCUCGUUGACGCUAUUGCUAGUCUGAUUGAUGAGGACUCUGAGUUCGUGUUUGAUGCGCUGGACGGCAAGACUGAGCUCUCGGAAGCCAAAUCCAACGGUAAGGCUGAUCACAUCAACUACCGCGAUGAGCCAGUGGCUUUCUUCUUUGUUCUCUUUGGCCUUGCUUUCGAAGCUCUCGCAGGCCGACCAGGGGAUCUGCAAGCUUCAAAAGAGCAAAUUCUGGAGAUCCUACAAGCUCUCAAGAAGAUCUUGCGACCUUCGGUUUCCGGACACGCCAUCUACCAAGAAGUGGUCUUCUCGGAGACGAUGGACAUGUUUGAUCGCCUGGUACUUACAGAAGGACUCACAAUUCAGACUGUCAUCGUGGAGAUCACGAGGAACCUAUGCAUAGGGCAUCCGUCUGCAAGACGAGAGCAAAAAACAUCUGCCGCUGAAGAAACUUUGUCCGAAGACAUUGAUCAACUAUUCGAGCUGACGAAGAUCAUGGUACUUGUCCUGUCAGGCUUGGUCCCUGGUCUGGAAGAUACAAACACCAAAGCGCGCCACGAGAUGAACGAGGAAGCUGUCGCCCUUCUGACUACAGCCCUUUCUGCUCUCGUUGAUGCGGCUCAAGUCUUUCCUUCCAUCAUCAAGGCUGACUUGCAUGCUUGCAUAUUACACAUCUUUUCGACCAUCUUAGGCACUGGUGCUUGCCAAGCCACAGUCGUCCCGCAGGCACUACCCAUCUUCAAGCGCUUUAUAAGCAGCCUUGAACCACACGCCGAAGCUACAGAAGAUACUAGCAAACAACUACGUGCAACGCUAACUCGCUUCCUCGCUAUUUUGAGACAUGCUCAGGCACGCGAAUUCGAAGCAGCAUUACCAUGUGAGAAAAACACCAUCCUUGCGACUACCAUCCUCCUCAGCUCAGCCUCGUCGGCGUUUGCACCGGGCGAUCCACUCCUAAAGCGCUUCGUAGACGAUCUUUUCGACUGUUUGGGCAACAGGAUGACUUCCAAGGUCGCGGCGGGUUGUUGUCGCUCCUUGCUACUUCUUCCUAAAAAGGGCAGCCUCAAACUUGGUAUCGCAAAGCUCAUGCUCCCGAACGCCCUGUCAUUCCUUGCCGUUCCCUCCGACGUCGAAGGUCUAGAUGAAUCACGCACAACACUGGCACAGACUCUAGUCGCUUCUAUCUCCACAUUACCUAGUCCUGAGCAACGGCAAAUCGCUGCAAAGUUGAUCAUACCAGCGUUGUUGGCGCGUGCACACAAUGAACCAAGUGCAACCAGCGAGACGGCAGCGCGUCUGUUAGAGAUUGCCAGCGCGGAUCAGCAGGCUUUCCGAGGUGUGGUUGCUAGCUUGCUCCCAGAACAGAAGACGUUCAUGGAGGGCGUACUGAGGAGCGGACAGGGUCCUGCAAAGAAGGAAAUUAGUAGAGAUGACAACGAUCAGCCGAAGAUUGCGCUGAAGAUGGACUUUGGGGCUUAA